AUGACAAUCAAAUCCCUACUGCCUACUUCAAGUGAGCGUAGACGAUGCACUGCAAAAUUGUUUCAUAAAGAAUCUCAAGACAUGUGUUGCAAGGGUGGAAAGGUGACAAUUACACAGGUGCCUACUCCUGACGAGUUGUUACAGUUAUUUUCAGACACUUCUACUGAAGGACGACAUUUUAGACAGCAUAUUAAAAGUUACAACCAUGUAAUGUCGUUUACUUCACUUGGUGUCCACGUCGACGAAAGUUUGGUUACAACUCGUCGUGGUAUUUACACAUUUCGUGCUCAAGGCACAAUUUAUCACAAAAUAGGAGGUUUUCAUCCGAAUCAAGGUUCAAGGUCACGCUACUUGCAGCUAUACAUUUAUGAUACUGAUCAUGAGCUUCAAAAUAGGAUGAGGGAAAAACCAAUACUUAACCAAGUCAUAGUGUAUAAAUUGCAAAAAAUACUCCAUCAAUGCAACCCGUUUGUCAUCAUGUUUAGGCAGCUUGCACUAGAGCCAAAUGUUGAAGAAUGUAGGUUACUCAUUAAAGAACGUCCGUCAAAUCAGCCACAAUAUAGUCUCCCUUCAGCUUCUCAAGUUGCAGCAAUUGUUAUUGGUGGUGGUGAUGAAGAUACAAUAGAACGUGGAAGAGAUAUAAAUGUCAUCAGCUGUGAUGGAAAUCUAACAAAGGUUCAAGAAACAAUUGGGUAUUAUGAUCCUUUACAAUAUCCUAUAUUGUUUCAGUUCGGAACAUACGGUUGGGACAUAGAAACAAAAAAUAAUGUUGGAAAAAAUGUUACAUGCCGAGAGUACUACAGUUAUGUGCUUCAGAUUCGACAUAAUGAUCAAUUUGUAUUGUUAAAAUCGGGUCGACUUUUACAACAGUAUGUUGUCGACAAUUAUGUAAAGAUUGAAACAAGAAGGUUGAGAUGGAUUCGAAGAAAUCAAAAUAAUAUUCGGUCUGAGGUAUAUCAGGGGUUACAAGAUGCAUUGCACGAUGGGAAGAAUAACGCAGGUAUUUAA